UGCACACUGACGGUUACUUCCACUCUCCAACAUGCAGACUGGAAAUACAGGUUUCCAUGGCUUAGUGAUGUGCUUCUGCUUGGGUAGUUCCGUAUUACUAGCAAGAGGACUGGACAUGGACAUGGAGCGGACUACAGCCACGUCUCAGAAAGCCGUCCGCCAGGCCCCGUCUCUGUGUGCUGGUGAGCAGGAGUACGUUCACCAGAGGAAACGAGUGGUUCUGCAGUCGCUCCGCCGCCUGGCCGUCAACUGUACUGCAGAUUCUGUUCCCCACAUCGCUCUGCUGGCCUCUGGAGGGGGUCAGAGGGCAGCUGUGGGUCUGGUGGGUUCCCUCUACCAGAUGGAGAAGGAAGGCCUGUUGGACUGUUUGCUCUACCUGGGCGGAGUCUCUGGGUCCACAUGGUCCAUGUCCUCCGUGUACAGUGACCCGGAGUGGAGCAUCAACAUCGACGCCACGGUGGCCAGGCUGUCGGGCCCCGGGGUGGAGCUGGAGGCGGUGUUGGCCUGGUUGGGUGAGAGGGCGAAGGAGGAGAACUUCUCCCUCACCGAUAUCUGGGGGGUCUUCACCUCGGCUGGCAUCAUGAAACAGAUGGACCUACGGCAUCUUUCAGAUGAGGCCAGCAGGAACACCACCAACCCGUACCCCAUCUACAGCGCCAUCGAGAAGCACUGCUUCUCCUCCGGUCCCAUCGAAGGCCAGUGGUUCGAGGUGAGCCCUCACGAGGCCGGCUUCACCGAGCUGGGCCUCUUCGUUGAAACGUCUCUCCUGGGCAGCAAAUUCAAGAGCGGAGAGCUGUUGGAGGAAACGCCUGAGAUGGAUAUGGUCAAACUCCAAGGUGUUCUGGGCUGUGCGUUGGCUCAUGAGGACACGAUGAAGGAGUUCAUCCCUCCCUGGCUGAAUGUGGCUGGGCAGAGAGACAGUGCUGCUGAAGAGUACCUGCGUGUAUACAGUGGCCUUCAUAAGCUCGUGGCCCUGACCAGAAGCACCGUGAAGGAUCCGACUGCCCUGUCUUACCUCGGAGAGCUGCAGCAAAUACUCGAAGACCAGAUGAAGCGCAGUGAGUCGGCGUGGCUGGAGCCCAAAAGUGUGGAGGAAAGAAAACGUCUUUCUCAGCUGCUGCGUACCGAGCUGCUGACGGCCGUCGAGACCUGGAGCGAGAGUCUGGAGGCCGGAGCGUUCCGGACACAGGUCUCUCUACUUACUACGAAGGUUCUUCCCAAGAUUAUAGCGUGGGAGUGGGGAACAACCAGCAACUUUCUCUACCAAUACCAAGAUUCAAUGGUUCCAACUUGCCUUCGCGCUCAAGAAAGAUUCCACCUCAUAGACGCGGGGCUGCUGAUGAACGUCGCCUACCCUCCAUUCCUGGGAGAGAAGAGGGACAUCGACCUCAUCAUCGCACCAGAGUACAGCGCUGGCAACGUGUUCGAGACGCUGACUCUAGCCAGAGACUACGCGGCCGCGGUGAAGAAGCCGUUCCCAGAGAUAGACGAGCACAUGCUGGAGGAGAGGGAGUGGCCAAAGGACUGCUACGUGCUCGAGGGCAAAGGCAGCCAGCCGUCCAUCAUCUACAUGCCGCUCUUUAACAGGAGGAACUGCAGAGAUGCAGAGGAGGUCAAAGAGAAGAUGGAGAAGUUCUCCACCUUCCAGCUCCCCUUCAGCCAGGAGAAGAUGGAGUUUGUCUUGGAGACGGCCAAAGACAACAUCCGGAGCAACAGGGACGCUCUGCUGAGGGAGGUCCACAAGGCUGUGGCCCACCGCCACCAGAGGAAGUCUGUGCUGCUCUAGAUGAGAAGCAGACGCUCUGUGAGAGAACAACACGUCCACGUGUCCUCUUGUUGCGCUGCGUGUCCAGAAGGAACUGGGUCCUGAUUCUUGGUUCCAACACCAGAGGCCUGGACCAGAAAGCAGGAUCUGGGCUCAGCGAGGCUCCUCUGUUGGUUACUGACACCGACUACCGCAAAUAAAAGAUCACCUGUAAAACAAAGAA